UACGGCUGCCUCUCCCAGACGAGAGCCCGGGAGCGCCCACCGCCGGCAGCCCCGUCUCCCAGAGCCAGCCCGGCGGAGAGUGAGCGACUCAGCGCCCCGCCGCCCUCCCCGCCGCGCCCGUUCCGGCCCCCGGCGAUGUGACCGCGAGGAGGCGGCGCUGCCCCCUGGCCCGGGGGUCGAGACGGGCGGCAGGUGCCUGUGAGGCGGGCGGGUGCUGGGGGCCGGCAGGAUGGAGGAAAGCAUGGAAGAGGAGGAGGGGGGCAGCUACGAGGCAAUGAUGGACGACCAGAACCACAACAACUGGGAGGCUGCGGUGGACGGCUUCCGGCAGCCCCCGCCGCCCCCCUCGUCGAUCCCGGCCCCGGCCCGCGAGCCGCCGGGGGGACAGCUGCUGGCGGUGCCGGCGGUCUCGGCGGACAGGAAAGGCCCCAAGGAGGGGCUCCCGUUGGGGCCCCCCCCCCCGGAGGCCAAUGGGGUGAUCAUGAUGGUGAAGAGCUGCGACGCGGCCGCCGCCGCCGCGGCCAAGGCGGUGCCCGCCCCCACCCCCAGCUCCACCAUCAACAUCAACACCUCCACCUCCAAGUUUUUAAUGAAUGUUAUAACUAUUGAAGAUUAUAAGAGCACAUACUGGCCAAAAUUGGAUGGUGCCAUAGAUCAGCUUUUAACCCAGAGUCCUGGUGACUAUAUCCCCAUAUCCUAUGAACAGAUAUACAGUUGUGUGUAUAAAUGUGUAUGCCAGCAGCACUCAGAACAGAUGUAUAGUGAUCUGAUUAAGAAGAUAACUAAUCACUUAGAGAGAGUCUCAAAGGAGCUGCAGGCCAGCCCUCCAGAUCUCUAUAUUGAAAGAUUUAAUAUAGCUCUUGGACAGUAUAUGGGAGCAUUGCAGAGCAUUGUGCCUCUUUUCAUAUAUAUGAAUAAGUUUUACAUCGAAACAAAACUUAACAGAGACUUAAAAGAUGACCUUAUAAAGCUGUUUACGGAACAUGUUGCAGAAAAGCACAUUUACAGCCUAAUGCCUUUACUUUUAGAAGCCCAGUCAACACCAUUUCAGGUCACACCUUCAACUAUGGCAAAUAUUGUGAAAGGCCUGUACACUCUCCGACCAGAGUGGGUUCAGAUGGCUCCAACUCUAUUUUCUAAAUUUAUUCCAAAUAUUCUCCCUCCGGCGGUGGAAUCUGAACUUUCUGAAUAUGCUGCUCAAGAUCAGAAACUUCAAAGAGAACUUAUGCAGAAUGGUUUUAUGAGAUUAUGUUCCACUUACAUGAUGUAUGGAGUCCUGAAUAGGCAGUACACAGCUUUAAUGUGGAUGGCACAGAAGUGACCAGUCCCGGAAGAGAGCUGGGGAUGAGCUGGCUUAUAACAACUCAUCAGCAUGUGCGAGUUCCAGAGGGUACAGAUAGUGACUGUGUUGAAUGUACUUUCCUUCCUGCCACAAGGACACACUGGAGCUGCAGAGACUUUUCCGAGCACAGCGGGUCCUGCACUCAGGCGCUCUCUCUCACAAGGCUGCUCUCAGAAGAGGAUGUCGGACUUCUUACUUUGAUUUGUAAUUUUAAAAAACAAAACAAAAUUUUAACUAACAAAAUAACUGUCAGUUGCUGCUAGACUUGGGGAUGAUUUUGAAAUAGGACAAUCUUUUAAUGAAACCUAUUAAUCCAUGAGGAACAGGCAUCUUGAAAAGUGACCGUUGCUAAGUGAAAUCCGGCAGCCCGAAUCAGCAGCUUCCUCCAAAAAUAUAAGAGCAGAAGAAUUUUUUAAAGCACUGUUUUAUUCAUUUGUGGACUUGGCGCUCGGCAUAUUGGUUUCACACAUCAAGAUACCUUUAGCUUUAAAAUCAAGCAGAUCAUUACAAUACAGUAUUUUUCACCCCUAACCAAAACAAACUCCUUUAAAAGAGUUGGUCUUUGUUUAGAUUUAGAAAGUCUUGUGAAAGGAAAAUGCUAGUUCUGCUUUUGCUAUACCUUCUUCCCCAUUAAUUCACAACUUUUUUUCUACUCUGUGCCUUGAGCUUUGUGCACUUUGCAACUCUGUGACCAUGUUGUCAAACUCACAGAUGCUUCCUGAAAAAGCUUAUGGUAUCAUGGAUUAACCCUCCAAGAUGCCAGGAGCGGCUUCAUAGCAGGAUGCCGAGUGAGUGGGAAAACGAAACGUCGCAUAUUGGUCAGAUUGCCCCUGCCUCACCAUGGCAUAUUCAUGUUAAUGUCAGGGACCAACUCUUAUAGAACUUUUCCAUUCCCUCUACCACUUAACAUGGUUUCACCAGCUGCUGUAGUAUUGGCAUCGCACUGGUCCAGGCGUGGCCAGCACUUCAGCAAUAAAGCUCCCCUUUCAAUGUUGAGAGUCAUCCAACAGUAAAAGCUGGCUCCGGUGAUGCUCUAGGAAACGGAUGGUUAUUACAUCCCAAUAUAAUCAGUGGUGUGGGAUUCCUGAUCCAUUUCAUUUUAAAUGGGCAGGAUAAAUACUUUCUUUAAAAAGUCUGUAGUCUGCAUCUUGUAAACAUAUCUAAGAAGUAGCACUGCUGCGUUUGAGGCCCCCUUCCAGCUGUGGCCAAGCUGUGUUUUGUUUUUCUACACCCACAGUGCUAUUUAGUUGUUUAGACUCUGCAGCUUAUUCUAGCUGUUCUUGAAAGGCAAAGAAAAAUAGAAAGAUGUGGCAAACGGGAAAAAAUUUUGUUCUCAGUUCUGCUUGACUUUAAAUUGAGCAUUAUGCUUGAGUCUAUUAGGCUGUGUCAGACUAAUGGUCACCUCUUCAGAGAACUUGGAGCAGAAAAAGAAGACAUUAGGGAUACUGUCACACUUCUGAUUUGCAGGAUUUUUUAAGAGUUGCCUCUGCCAAUUCAGUUUUGUUUUUUUUAGGGGGUGGGAGAGUUAGAAGUGUGAUCUUAGGAGCAAGUAAGUCAUCUAAUAGAAGUCCUCUGUUUGUAAAAUUAUUACUCAGAGAAGUAAAAGUAAAGGUGGUCAGAUUUUAUUUUUCUAAGUACUUGUCAACCAGAGUUGAUAGAUUUUGUGGAGGACUUGAGUUAGACUCAUUAAUUCUGUGAGUAUUUUGGAUUGUAUUGCUGAACACUGAAUUACUGUAAGAAUAUAUACGGGCUCUCCCUAUGCCCUGAAUAGUUUGAUUUGCUGCACCAGUAACAUUCUAGUGUCAAGGAAAAAUUCCAUUUUACCAUGAAGGCCAAAUUUUACUUUCUCAAUGGACUGCUUGCUGCAGGCUUAUAAAUAACACUUGCAACUAAAGUCUCUCCUGAGUGGUUUUAAUAAUAUUUCUGCAGGAAUAAAAUUGGAUUUUUAAGAAAAAUGUUGAUAGGUUCUUCAGUAAUUUAAUAAUAUACCCAAAUGCUUUUCUGGGAGAGACUAUUGUUUGGCCAACAACAGAACUUUCCCUAUAAAAGCAUUGUAUUAUGAUGUGAAUUGGCAUUAAAACCGUUGGAUGUUUUUGCAUUAUUAAGUUAAUGGAGAAAUAUUUUAUAUUGUCUUCUUUUUAUUAUAAUAUAUGUGUAAACAAAAAGUGGGCAGAGUAAAGUCUGCGAAACUUAGUUUCUCUAAAGUUUUCGGCAGUGACUGUAGCCAGCCCUGGGUCAGGGCUUGGUCCUGCAAAGCUGGAGGAAGGCGCUGUAGGAGGAAUCUACACGUCCUCCUGGUGCACGUGACCUGUGGUUUCUCAUUUUCACCCCCGAGGUACAUUGCAGGAUGAAGAACCCAUUUCUUUAUUUCAAGCCAAAGUUGACCUUGCUUAUUUAAUUGGAGUUCUUAGCUAAAUUCUUAGUUUGCAACACGAGAAGAAAUAAGAUUUGUCCUCCAUUUUUGUUUUGACGAAGCAUUGUUUGCCAGAAAGUAUUUUCUCAUGUUUACCUGUAUUCUUGCCAGUAUAGUAUAUCGUUUCUCCACCAGUUGACUUUUGUGGGGCCUAAGUCAGAAAAUUGUACAUGCAGGUCGAUGGUCAACAAGUUGAUUUGUCUAAAUUGACUAGUGUGUGUGUGUGCAGCCUAAAUCUAAACCAUCCACAAGAAAGCCAGUCCAAUCACAUUGAAGUCAUGGCAUGAAAAAGUGUGAACAGAUGAUAAUGGUUUUGAGAGACGGUACUUAUUUUAAAGUUGGCUUGAAUCUUCAGUAACAGUGUCAUCCGAUGCCCUCUGUUGUCACAGCUGUACCCUAGCCCAGCAACUACUUUGUUUUUUUGUGGGGCAGAAAGCAAACCCUGACAUACAUAGUUCUUAUGUAGAAUCCGUGAGAAGAAACACCAACCUGGAUGCAGGAGUUGUGCGUUACUACAUUUUACAUUUUUCCUAUUCCUCUUACAAGUUUGAGGCAGCUCCCCUCCAUUUCUUUGGGGUACAGGAUGAAAUCCUAUUUGUGAGUAAGAGAGAUUGCAGAAGAAUGGACGCCCAAGGCGGUGACCACUGCACGUGCGUCCCCAGCACUGCAGCCCCCUCAAGCUGCCGGUCCUCUUGCUCCAUGCUUCUCGUCGGGUUGCAGAUUUGCACACACAAAGAAUUCCUCAGGAAGAGUUUGCACAUACAUCACCUUGCAAUAUUCUGUACUCACUGCACAGGGAUUCGAACGUCCUUCAGCACAAAGAGAACUUGGGAGUGGCGAUCGGUGCACACGCGCUGGCCAGAGGUAUGGUAACCCAGGGGACACGAUGGUUUCUGCAGGUAUGCAGUGAGCAGGAGCACUUGUAUCAUAGUCUUUAAUAAACCCUUUACUCACCCGGGUUGGUCAUCAUCUUAUGGAGGCUGGCUGUAAUUUCUUCUGUAUUUAUUCUGUUUUAUCACAAUUAUUUUCGUGAUUAUCAUGCAAGAGUUAUUGCCCUUAAGCCAAAUUGUUUAGUAAGCAGCUAUUGUUAAAAUAACUGAACAUUGUUUUAGGAGUGUACACUAAUCUGAGAUAUUAAAAAACUUUACAACUAAAAAACCAACACAAGAUAACCCACAUUAGCUGUCCAGUCACUGUUAGGAUGUUUUCAGUUGAUUUUUUUAUGGUGUCUCAUUGAGCUUCAGAGUAUUAUGUUUACUUUACUCCAAGUCUAGGCCUCUUAAGGGGACUUUGAGGUUUAAGGUCAGAAUGUGAAUUCCGUGACUGACACCUGUAAGAGGUUUAUAGGACCUUUUUCGUUGUGUUACUGUUUUCAAUAUAAUCGCAUAAGAUGAAGUUUAUGUUUAUUGGAAGUUAAACAUAGUAGUUCAUGGAGAAAUGGAUUUCUUAUUAUUUUUAUUACCUUGUUGACAUUUGCCUCAGUUUCUGGCCACCAGAAUAUAGGAUGGGACAAAAGUAGGUUUACCGUUGUUUGUAUGUAAAUACUACAAUAAUUAAUUAUAAAUAAAUUCUGUUUCGCAUACUCACAACUGUAAA